CAAGGCCUCAUCAACCCAACCGCCUCACCACCACAAAACAAACCCAACAACCUCCCCAAUGAACCCACAAUGACAGCGCCAGACAGCGAGAACUACCAGAUAUUCCGCGACUGCGUAUCGAGCGCAAUCGUCGCGAAAUUCUCUCCCACGCCUCGAACCAAGAAAGCGCGACGUCCGCGCACCACUCCGCGCCAGAAGUCCAGCAGUCGAGCAGAACCAAAACCAGAACCAGAACAACCGCAACAAAAUGAAUUCACCAAAACAGAUCCAGAAGACCUCGCUGACUUUAUCGACUUCAUAGCAACAGAAACCUUCCCCUCCCUCCAACCACCGACUCUCCAAACCCUCAGCUACGACCCCAACACCGACUUCACAAGCAGCAAAGAAUACAGCCCACAACACCUCGCCGAAAAAACCUCGCACACCCUACCCGCCUCCAUCACAGAUACGCUAACGGCAUACGCGCUCAUCGAAUCAGCCUCCGACAUUCCCUAUUUCCUCGCGCCGAUACUAGGCGAGUACGUUGCGUCCGUGACGAAGCCACCGCCCGUGUGGGCGACUACGCGCACGGAUGCGUGCGAGAUCUGCGAGCGGGAUUGGAUUCCGCUAUCGUAUCAUCAUUUGAUUCCGAGGAGUGUGCAUGCCAAGGUGGUGAAGAAGGGGUGGCAUGAGGAGUGGAGGUUGAAUAGUGUAGCGUGGUUGUGUCGCGCGUGUCAUAGUUUUGUGCACCGCAUGGCGAGUAAUGAGGAGUUGGCGAGGGAGUGGUUUACUGUUGAGAGGAUUUGCGAGAGGGAGGAUGUGAGGGAUUGGGCGAAGUGGGUGGGGAGGGUGAGGUGGAAGGCUAGGUAGAUAGAUGUAUUACAUGUAGUUUUGGUUAUGAGUAGGGUGAAAAAGGCAUAGUUGUAGAUGGGUAUAGAAUUUUGAUUUGUAGACUCCUUUCUAUUCGGGUGGUCAUCCCGGAAAUUCAUAUCGUACAAAAUGAUUGCUCCGCCACACGCUUUUGGGACAUGCAGAUGCGAAACAUGGUAACAGCCAGAAGGGGUAUGUAUGUAGAGGUGGACAACAAUUGUCCGCUAAAAAUACAGAUGCCAAAAGUUAUGAGUGGAAA